AUGAAAGCAAGAGUCUUCUCUAAGUAUGAAGCUAAGCAAGAAGAACUUGCAGCUAUUGAAAGAGAUCCUAGUAUGAAGGGAAAAACUAGGAAGGAGAUGGGUUUAUUGGAGUUCACCGGUACACAGAUUAGGUCUAACAUCUGUGGUAUCAAUCUCACUUUCUCUCCAAUUCACUUUAAUGCCUUGCUGGGUUUGAAUAACUCUAGGUUAGUGCUGGAUGAUUUUGAGAAGGAUACAAGAUUCAGAGAAGAACUUCUGCACAGGAUGUGCAUUGAUAUGAAGAUGAAGGGAAAGGUUAAAGGUCUGACAGAAGAAUGUAGGGUUCUUUUCAAGAUUAUUUUAUCAACUAUCAGUCCAAGAGUUGGUGGUCACAUCAUUCAGAAUCUGAAGAAGUUCUAUCCAGAACUUGUGACUCAGAAAUUCUCUCCAGAAGUUCUGAAUGCAAGCUUUCUGACAAAGAUGCAUCUCAUAAACACCAAGCUGGUUCAACCCAAACAAGAGUUUAAAGUAAGUCUUGAAGAUCGUCUGUAUGUGAAUGGUUAUCCCAUUAUUUCUGAACUAGAUGCUGAAGAAGUUAUUCAAGAUUAUCUGAAGGUUCUUCAAGGUGAAGGUUAUACUGUUGAUAGGAGUAUGGUUCCAAAGGCUCCAGUAAACAUGUAUAAACCUAAGAGGAAACUCAAAAGAAAAGCUGACACUCAGGAUGAACAAAUCAAACCAGAUCUUCUUGCUCAGAAGAAAGUUAAGGUGGAGAAAACUCUUGAUGAGCAAAGAACCAAGAAGAAACAUGAGGAUGUUGCUAACAAGGCUGCUGAAGCAUCAUCUAAAAAGCCAAUUAUUAUUGAGGAGGAUAGCUCAUCAGAUGAGACUCAAUCUGAUGAUGAAACUGAGUCUGAUGAAGAAACUCUGAGUGCCAAGCUGCAAAAGAAAUCAGUUCCUGAUCCCAAAGAAGCAGAUGUUGUUAUCAGUGACAAUCCUGCUAAUGAAUCACCAAAACACUCUCCCAUUCCCAAUAUCUCACCCUCACCCUCUGACCUAUUUGGUAAUUUCUCCAAUCAGCUUUAUGAUGAUCUACUUAGGUUGUCACAUAUUAAGGACAGGUUCUUGGUUUGUCCCUCUGAUGUGGAUAUGGAGGUAUCACUUCUCAAGGCCAAAAUCUGCAAUGCUAUGGAUGCAGUUGGUGAGGAGAUAAAGUCUGUUAUUGGUAAAAGGGAUAUGGAAGUAGUUCAUCUGAUGAAGGAAGGUUUAGCACGGGCUGGUUUGAAAAGGUUAACUAUGUACAGUCAUGAAGAGAAUGAGCGUGCUAAGUUUGCUGCUGUGUCUGCUGCUGUGAUGCGUCUGACUGCUUUUAAGGAUUGCUGGGUUGAUUCCAAACUUUUCAAGAGUCUUGAAGAUCAGAGGAUUGAAAAUGAACGAUUGGCUGAAGCUGCUGCAAGGAUUGCCCAACAAGCUGAUGAGCUGAACCAAGAGGAUGCUCCGGAUGCUGAUGUUCUUAUGAUUGAUUAUCAAGAGGAUGGUGAACCCUCCUCUGAUACAGGAAAAGCUCCUAUGGAUUCAGAUCAGCUAAGGGUUCUUCAGGAUGCAUUGAGGCAACAACAAGAAGCUCUUGAGAGGCACCGAUCAAAUCAUCAGAAUCUAGAGUCCAAGGUGGAUAAGCUCGACUCCAAAGUGGACUCCUUGAACGACAAAUUUGACAUCCUCUUAGCUUUUCUUCAAAAACCCUAG